AUGGAUGAGAUGGUAUGUUUUAUCACUCAGAAAGAAGGAGAAGAGGAGGCUUUUGUCGAACGCACGUUCAUUCGUGAUAUGACUGGCCGGCCAGUCAAAAUACAGUCGGGUCACAAGUUUACCAAUGACAUAUUGUCUGCAAGGAGAUCGCGAGCUCGACUACUUCAAUCUGAACCUUACGCAUCAGUUCUUCAACAUGCGAAAUCAUAUCUCAACGAAUCUCGAGAGCUUUUUGACAAUGUAUUUUCAACGGGUUCUUCUCACCAGUCACAAAAUUGGUGGAAUGCUGUCACAUCGAAUAGAACGCGAAGGAAACCUAAAAGGCCAAACACUACGAAGUUAUCUCCAUUGAUGAAGCUACCUACCCAUGAUUCCUGUGAUUCGUACGAAACGCGAUCUCAUGAGGUUUCAGAAGAUGCUGCUGCUGAAAUGGAUCUGCUUUCACUCAAAGAGAAGCUUGCAGUCCGGUUACAUCACAUGAAUUUGCAAGUUAGUGAGCAAAUUCAGUUCGAGGAACAUCUGCUCAGAAUAUUCGAGAGGUUUUACGAAUCAUAUAAUCCGAAGGAGUAUCUCAAAACCCUUCUUGACAUGGAACGCGACUUUGAGGAAGGAGACUCAGAAGCAGUCGUUCAACAAAAACGAAUCGAACGGCUUCGAUAUGUGCUCAUGCUUCCGCCAGGUAAAUUGGCUCCAGAGAAGAAACCCGAUUUUGGAGACCAUUGCGGCACGGUUAUCAACAGUCCUGACGAAGUAGAUAUGAAUAAACAUAUGCUG